UUAUUGAAUGUUUUGUAACGAAAACAAGUCUAAGAUCAUCAGAAAAAAACUGGCUAGGACACAGCUACAACUGGUUCCCUCUGGAAAUGAUGCUAAAGUUUAUCACGAAUGAACUUUUCCAUUGUUAUAAAUAUGUACAAAACUUAAAAUAAACGUGAAAUAACGAACAUCGAGUGCAAAAAGCACACGUCUUAUGUCGCUGCGCACGUAAUCUUCACACGGAGACGAGUUAACAAGCCCAAUUUCAGGCUAAAAACCGCCGCACACGCCAUCUGCCCGCAGUAAAUCCCUGACUUUAUCGCAGCUAAAAUAAAGGUACGUGAUCGAAAGUGUGUUUAACUAACGGUACAAUAGGAUUAUUAUAAGUAAGACUAGUGCAUUAUUAUGUAUUAUCCUGCGUGAUGUGAAUCCCCAGCGACAAUCGUCAGUGAUAUCAUUGAACUGUUGUGGCUCAUUCAGCCGGCCCGCACUCAGUCAGUCGCCAGACUUCACGUGUUAGUGUCGUGGUUUUAUAAAUUGCUUUAAUUUAAGUGUCCUUGAUUUGGAGCAAGUAGCAGAAAUGGCGCAGGAAAAACCAGUAUUCGACUACCAUGAGGAGAGCCAGAGCGAGAAACUGGUGCGAAAGUCCAAGGAAUCUCCGUUUAUGGUUCUAGCCAUCGCAGGUUGUGCAGGAGCCGUCGGUUACGGAGGCUGGGCGUACAAGAACCGUGGCAAGAUGAGCACCAGCGUCUUCCUAAUGCAGUUCCGUGUGAUUGCCCAAGGCACAGCCGUCGGCGCUCUCUGUGCCGGCAUGGUCUAUACACUGUACAACAACCACUUCAACCACAAGCCCAAGGAAGAUCUCGCCAUAUUACCGAAAUCUAACGAGCACUAAAUAUUGGCUGUAACUUGUAUAGUACUUUUAGGUAUCU